AGCAUUAAACGAAACGUUUCAUUACACAUACAUCCAAUUUUCACCAACUCCCUGUCGAUGUUAUGAAAUAUAAAUCAAGAUCAACCUCUCCCCUAUUCUUUCAGGAACCGCACAGGCUCCAAAAUUAAUUACUAUUUUUCAUUUUUUCUUCUGCAAUGGGUUUUCUUCUGAUUCUACCCUUAUCACUGAUCACCCUCUGGGUAGGUUACACGCUGUACCAGAGGCUAAGGUUCAAACUGCCUCCGGGUCCACGGCCCUGGCCGGUUGUUGGUAACCUCUACGACAUAAAGCCGGUCCGCUUCCGCUGCUUCGCGGAGUGGGCACAGUCCUACGGGCCCAUCAUAUCGGUGUGGUUCGGCUCCACGCUGAACGUUAUCGUUUCGAACUCCGAGCUGGCGAAGGAGGUGCUGAAAGAGCAGGACCAGCAUCUCGCUGACCGCCACCGCAGCCGCUCGGCGGCGAAGUUCAGCCGCGACGGCAAGGAUCUCAUUUGGGCCGAUUAUGGACCCCACUACGUGAAAGUGAGGAAGGUCUGCACGCUAGAGCUCUUCUCCCCCAAACGUCUGGAGGCCCUCAGGCCCAUUAGAGAAGACGAGGUCACCGCCAUGGUUGAAUCCAUUUUCCACCACUGCACCACUACUGAGAAUUUAGGGAAGGGAAUAUUAGUGAGGAAGUUCUUGGGGGAAGUGGCAUUCAACAACAUAACGAGAUUGGCAUUUGGGAAAAGAUUUGUGAACUCAGAAGGUGUAUUAGAGGAACAAGGAGUGGAAUUCAAGGGCGUGGUGGAAAAUGGGUUAAAGCUAGGAGCAUCUCUGGCGAUGGCGGAACACAUCCCUUGGCUGCGCUGGAUGUUCCCUCUGGAAGAAGAGGCUUUUGCCAAACACGGAGCUCGCCGUGACAGACUCACCAGAGCGAUCAUGGAAGAGCACACCGAAGCACGGAAGAAAUCCGGUGGGGCCAAACAACAUUUUGUCGAUGCCCUACUCACAUUGCAAGACAAAUAUGACCUCAGUGAAGACACCAUCAUUGGCCUCCUCUGGGACAUGAUCACGGCAGGGACGGAUACAUCUGCAAUUUCUGUAGAAUGGGCCAUGGCGGAGUUAAUAAGAAACCCAAGAGUGCAGCAGAAGGCCCAAGAGGAGCUAGACAGAGUGAUUGGGCUUGAAAGGGUGAUGACCGAAGCAGACUUCUUGAGCCUGCCAUACCUACAAUGUGUGGCCAAGGAGUCGUUGAGGCUCCACCCACCAACCCCACUCAUGCUCCCACACAGGGCCAAUGCCAAUGUCAAAGUUGGAGGGUAUGACAUCCCCAAAGGCUCCAACGUGCAUGUCAAUGUGUGGGCCGUGGCCCGUGACCCGGCCGUCUGGAAGGACCCGUUGGAGUUCCGACCCGAGAGGUUUCUUGAGGAGGAUGUGGACAUGAAAGGGCAUGACUUUAGACUACUUCCGUUCGGGGCGGGUCGUCGGGUUUGCCCCGGUGCCCAACUUGGAAUCAACUUGGUGACUUCCAUGUUGGGCCACCUUUUGCACCAUUUCAGUUGGAGUCCGGCGGAGGGAGUAAAGCCUGAAGAGAUUGACAUGGGUGAGAAUCCUGGGUUGGUCACAUACAUGAGAACACCACUAAAAGGUGUGCCUUCUCCCAGGCUCCCCUCACACUUGUACAAACGUCUGCCUUCUGACAUUUGAUCUUUCUUUUCUUUUCUUUCCCUUCCACACUUCUCCCACUCUUUCCAUCAGCUAAGGGAAGACGCACUUUCGAUUUCUCUUCAUACUUUCAAUAUUGAAAUUCUUCCCAUUAUAUAAAAUUACUUAUAUCAGUA